AUGUCUCAAUCAAGUAGACCACAAAGAUUAUGUACAAAUUGUCAAACGAGACACCGAAGGUGUGAAAGACUUUCUGAAAGGGACGUUUGUACAUACUGUAGAAGAUAUGGACUUAACUGUAUCACUACCCCAGGUAGAAGACGCAGGCGAAGGCCUAGGUCACCCAGAACUACUGAAGCUUUCUAUUCUUUCGAAAUUGUCAUGUCAUUCAUUAGCCAAAGACAAAUGCCAGAUGAUCAAAAUAUCAAAUCAUUUAUUGACCAAGAACCAACAUCAAAUCAUCAAAAUACUACACUAAUUAAUCCUUAUGAAACUACUACUUCAAACUUCGGAAUCUCACAUGCUUAUAAUCAUAUUACUAUUAUUCCUUCUUUCGGACUACUGACGCAUUCAUUGACCAAGGACAGAUGUUAG